AUGGCCAAAGGAGAAGGAGGCGAACAAUACUCCAACGCGAGUCUGUUGAAUAAACCGAGCUCAGACGGCAUUCAGCUGGCAAGGAAGCGAGACCGGAAUAAAUUGUCUAUCUGCAACAAGUUGUGCUAUGCAGUUGGAGGUGCCCCCUACCAGAUCACAGGAUGUGCCCUUGGCUUCUUUCUGCAGAUCUACCUCUUGGACGUGGCUCAGCUGGAUCCCUUCUAUGCAUCGAUCAUUCUAUUUGUGGGACGAGCUUGGGAUGCAGUAACUGACCCCACGGUGGGCUUUCUGGUCUCUAGAACCCCAUGGACCCGUUUUGGACGCAUGUUGCCAUGGAUCCUGUUCUCUACACCUCUCGCCGUCGUGGCCUAUUUCCUCAUCUGGUACGUGCCGCCUUUUGAGAACGGCAAAGUCAUCUGGUACCUCCUCUUCUACUGCCUCUUCCAGACCCUCCAAACAUGUUUCCACGUGCCAUAUUCCGCUCUCACAAUGUUCAUCAGCUCGGAACAAAAGGAAAGAGACUCUGCUACUGCAUACAGAAUGACUGUGGAGCUUUUGGGCACUGUGCUCGGAACAGCAAUCCAGGGUCAAAUAGUGGGAAUGGCCAACGCACCCUGCCUCCCAGGACCCAAUGAGAUGUCAGAAAUCGGCAACGGCUCUCUGGCAACCAACACCUCGGACUCUGCCAUCUCUAUCGAGCAUACGAAAAUUGCAUACAUGAUUUCCUCCGGAGUCAUCUGCAUAAUCUACGUCCUCUGUGCUGUGGUUCUCUUCUUCGGUGUACGAGAGCAGAAAGAAUCAUGUCGGCCAAAGUCGGAGCCAAUGUCGUUUUUUCAAGGAAUCCGUCUGGUGAUGGGCCAUGGACCCUAUGCCAAGCUUGUCAUGGUUUUCCUCUUUACCUCACUAGGGUUUAUGCUCCUGGAAGGAAACUUUGCCCUUUUCUGCAGCUCCACACUGGGUUUCAGAAACGACUUCCAGAACAUCCUGCUUGUCAUUAUGCUCUCUGCAACUUUGACCAUCCCUUUCUGGCAGUGGUUUCUCGGUCGCUUUGGGAAAAAGACUGCAGUGUACUUUGGAAGCCUGUCUGUGGUUCCCUUCCUGGUCCUGGUGGCACUCGUGAAGAGCAACCUGAUCAUUACCUAUAUCGUGUCGUUUGCUGCUGGAGUGUCUGUAUCUGCAGCCUUCCUCUUGCCAUGGUCUAUGCUUCCUGACGUUGUGGACGAUUUCCAAGUGCACAAUCCCGACUCCACUGGGCACGAGGCUCUCUUCUACUCAUUCUACGUCUUCUUUACAAAGUUCGCAUCUGGGAUCUCACUGGGCAUCUCCACUCUCAGUUUAGAUUUUGCUGGCUAUGUGACAAGAGGCUGCUCCCAACCUGCUGCAGUGGAUUUGACACUGAAGCUCCUGGUCUCCGCUGCCCCUGUCAUUCUCAUUUUAAUCGGGCUUUGCAUAUUGUACACGUAUCCAAUCGAUGAAGAGAAGAGGCAAGGCAACCGCAAACUGUUGCAAGAGCAGAGGGACAAUGAGAGUGAUUCCGAAACAGACUCCACAGAACUGUCUAAUAUGGUGUAG